AAUAGAUGAGUGCAGAUAAUGAAAUUUAGGAGGAGAGAAAUUAAGGAGAACAUUAUGAGAAUUGGAAAUAGAAUGUUCCAUUAAUGUAUGAGAUUUGUAUAAGCCACUAAAAUAGUUGGCCAUCUUUAACAGUGACUUGGUUAAAUGAGAUUGAAAUGUUAUUCUAUUUUUAACUAAAUUUAGAGAUCAAAAUAAUAAUGAAGUUCAUAAAUUAAUUGUAGCAACAUAAACAGAUGGAUAAGAAUAAGAGUUUAUAAAUGUUCUAAUGAUUUAAUUUCCUAAAGAGACAGAUGAGGAAUUUGAUGCAAGUGUAUUAAAUAAUUUAUGUAAUGAAAAACAAUAAAAAUAAAAGGGAAAACAUAGGCAGUAGGGAAGAUAACAUAAGAAUAAUAAAUUCCAGUUUAAUAUGAUAUUAAUAAGAUUAGACAGAAGCCAGGUAGUAAAUUUAUAUUAGCAGCACAAACAAGUGUUGGUGAGAUAAGUAUGAAUUUAUAUAUGAAGAUAGGCAUAUAUGAUAUAAGUAGACAUUAAAAAGUAAUGGCAUUAAAAGGAUAAGAGAGAGAAGGUUAUGGUUUAUGUUGGAAUCCAAAAAAUUAAAAUUAAUUAUUAUCAGCUAGUUAUGAUAAAAAGAUAUAUUAUUGGGAUGUAGGAACAGGUUAAUUAAUAAAAUCAUAUAGUUUUCAUUAAAAAGAAGUUGAAGAUGUGUGUUGGCAUCCUUAGGAUCCAAAUUUAUUUAUAUCUUGUUCAGAUGAUAGAACAUUUGCAAUGUAAAUAGAUUAAAUAAUAAUUGAUAAGUUGUGAUAUUCGAACAUAAUAAGGAAUGAAAAUAAAAUAGGAAGCACAUUCAUAAGAAGUGAAUUGUAUUUAAUUUAAUUAAUUGGAUCCAAAAUAUUUUGCCACAGGAUCAAAUGAUGCAGAAGCUAAAAUGUUUGAUAUAACAAAACCAGAGAAACAGAUAUAUUCAUUUUCAAAUCAUGAAGAUGCUAUUUAUACACUUUAAUGGUCUCCUCAUAAGAAGAAUUUAUUAGCCACAGGAUCAGUUGAUAGCAAAAUAAUAUUAUGGGAUUAUUUAAAGGCAGGUAAACAUUAUGAAGGAGAACUUGAUAAAGAAGGUACACCUGAAAUUGUAGUAAGAUUUAAUUUAUUAUAAAUUUAUAGUUCUAUCAUGAAGGACAUAGAUCUAAAAUUAAUGAUUUAUCUUGGAAUGUUAAUCAUAAAAAUUUAAUUGCAAGUGUUGAAGCUGAUAAAAAUAUGUUAUAAAUAUGGAAAAUAUAAACUUAAUUAUGGAUGGAUGAUGAUAAUGAUGAUUUAAUAUAAUCUCUUAUUUGA